AUGGGCUGCACCGCCGGUUCCCUGACCUGCCCUUCACAGCCCGGCGCCCCCGGCAGCCAGCCCGGCCCGGGCCAGGACCCCGCGCCCAAAGUCCCGGAGGCGCUGACGUCCCUGGAGCGGCUGUCCCAGGCCACGGGGGGCAUGGAGAAGUCCUGGUACCGCUGCAUCUUCCCCUUCGGCCUCAUCGCCCUGGUGAUCGGCGUGGCCGGGACGGGCGUGGCCUUCACCUUCAACAACCUGCCGCUGACCAAGGCCGUCUCCGUGGUGCUGCUGGGGGCGGGGCUGGGGCUGGUGAUGAUGGCGGCCGCCUGCUGGACCGUGCACAGGCAGAAGCGGCGGAAACGCAAGGAGGGGGCCCCCCCCCCGCCGGGGCCGGAGCAGGAGACCGGCGCACACGCGCGCUUUGUGACGAGGCUGCCCGUGGUCUCCCUGCGUUCCUGCCGCGGCGAGGACGUCCGGCCGUGA